AUGCGUCCGGACGACGAAGUUUUUGGACUGGUUGACGCCCCAAUUACCCUAUAUAUUUAUAUGUGAGUGUAUUUAAAAUAUAUGUUGUUAAUAUAUGUGUCUAUCAUUCUAUAUAUAUACCUGUGUAAAAUCCUACCUAUUAUUCGCCUUCUCGUGGUUGACAGUUUUUAUGCCACGGGGCUUUUCUGUCACACCAACGUAACUUUAUUUGAAUUCGAUGAUUAACGAUUCAAUAAAAUAAUUCGUUUUUCUCUCCAUAAAAAAAAACACGUGUAUACUUAUUUAGAUGAAUGUAAUUUUCCCUUUUCCCUUUUCCCUCCUAACAGAAAUCCUAGGUCUGCGGUCUUCGGACCUCGUUUCUAGGUUGGCGACCUUGUUCCUAGGCGGAUAGUCAGCUGGGCGCUCGGGACGGUUCUCAAAAUAAGGCGGCCGGUCGAACCGGCACGUCUCGGAGUACAUUUACGUAAAUCUAAAAACCUUAUUUAUCCUACAUUCCUACAUCUGUAUAAUAACUAUACAGUUGUAAUGUCCUAAUAAAUAGUAAUUUAACUAAAAGGAUAAUCGUGAAAUACCACGGCUUGAUAUUUAGCCACGUGAAAUACAAUAUCGUGUUCCUAGUUUGUACUGAGACGGUGAGACACAGAUCUGAUUAGUAAUAAAUUUAAUUUAUCAUACAAUAUUUGAGAUGCGCCUUUUUACCGAGACUGGAUGACGUGGUCGUCAUGCGCAAUUAAGCAGUUUCUGUCAUACCAUGUUAUAUUUAGUCGUAACCUAUCCAUUAUAUUGUGGUGACCUGGUCCCACACUAUCACUUGAAUUAUUUAUCAUUGCCAAUUAUUGUUAUCCUUAUCAACCACUGUGUAUUAUAUUAUCUUGUUACCGCAACCCAGUUCCUAACUAUUUGUACUCAUCGCGAUUGUACCAUUAUGUUAUAACAUAAUAUAUGCUAUAUUUUGUCUAGUCAUUGUCAACCGUUCAGUGGGUGGUAACUCUAUUGGCGCAAAUAAAGUAUUAAAAAUAGUUCGUCCAUUAAAAUCUGGAGUCAUUAAUGUCGUUUUAUCCAUGAUGCUAUAGUGCAACCUUAAAAAAAUAAAAAUUGCUGGUUUUUGAAUCUCUGAUUGAAUGUGUAAUAUUGCUAUAUUUAUUGUUGUUUGCUAUUCGCAUUUCGCAUUUAUUGUCAGUUGUUCAGUUAAAUUUUCACUUGGCACUUUUUUGCAUUCAAUAGUUCAAAACAUGGGUAAAGAAGCAUACAAAUGUGUGAAAGGCUGUACAUUUAAAUGUAAUUUUAUAUGUAUAUUACUAUUAUAAUUAAUGCUUAUCAGUGGCUUUUUGUGUUAAAAAUUGUUAGCAAAGUGCUUACAAAUGUGGGAAACAUAAUGUAUUUUAGAUAUCGCCACACUUAUGUAUGUUUUCUGUUUAUCCAUAUCUUAAAGACUGUAACAUGAUAUAUUUACGUUCAGUAGAACUUAUUUGGUUUGGUUACUUGUUAGUUAUGUUUAAGCACUUUGUUGACAAAUUAUUUCGACAAUAACAUAAUAGAUAUUGUCUUUUAUUAAUAUACUUAGUUAAAAAGAAAAUUUGAUUUUUAAAACUAGGUAGAAUGUCACUCUGUUUUCCAAAUCCAAAAGUAUAUUUGAAUGUAAUGAAUUAAUGGAUUCAAAUACUAGAUGAAGAAUAAUUUUCCGAUUUAGAUUCUUCAACUAUUUAUUUUUAAAAAAGAGUUGCUCCAAUCAUAUUAAUAAAAAUCCAAAAUGUUGAAGAAAUGUGCAUUUCCGGUUCUAAAUCUUAGAAAGACAAAAUUGGUAAUUACUUUUCAUUGUAUCUAUAUAUUAUGUUCUAGAUGUUUUCUAUUUAAUAUGUGUCUAUAAAUUCACACGUUUCUAGUAAAUAUAUAUCAAAAUUAAAAUACUUAUAAUUAGUUUUUAAAAUUUGAAUUAUUUAUACAUUAAAUUUUUAAUUGCAGAUAUAGAUAACUCUGGUUCUGUGUCAUAUUCUGAUUUAAUGCAGUUAGACUUAGAGGUUACCGAAUAAUGCAAAUAAUGAUUCAGGUAAUUGGUUGUUUAUUGUGAUUUUUUUUAUAAUUUCAUAAUUUAUAACUUUUGCUUCAUCUUUCUAGAUCAAAAUGUAGAUCAUAGUGAUUCUUUAGCAACCAUAAGUAACAUGGCAUGUUGUAACUUAAGACUUGUCAGGUUUUAACAGCUGAUCAAUGAAAGUUUUGCUAAUUGGAUAUUUAUAUGAAACUUUUAAGUUGUUUAUAUAUGUAAUUCAUGACUUCUAGAUAAUGGUAUUGAUAGAAAUAAGGUUUCAAUCCUUGAUCAUUCAACUCCAAACCAAAACCAUGACCAUAAUAUGAGUAAGAAAAACUAAUAUUUUUAUUUAUCAUAUUAUUUAUUCUCAUGUAUAUUUACUAGUUUGCUUAAUUAUGUGAUAUGCUUAUAUAUUUAUCAUUUAAUAUCUACAGCUUGUGAAAAUUCUUAUAGUUAUGGAAGUACUAUUGAAUCAUAAAAAAGAAAUACAAAGAAAAUUGGUUAAUACAUUUUGAAUUCAUAAACUUAAAAAUAAAUAUUAUUUUUAUUUUUUUUAAGACUUAUGGUUAAUAUUUUGUUUUCAUAUAGGUUUGUUAUCAACAAUUGGUGUGAAACAAGCCAACCAAUUGACUCCAAAAUGCAAAUAUUUUUAUUCACACACUGUGUGGUUAAAUAAAGAACUUCGCUGUUCCAGGAAAUAGCGCGAUUCAUUUAAAAAGCGAUUAACUGUUGCAUCAAAUUUUUUAAUUCAAUACUAUCAUCUCAAAUAACCACAUCAGCUUUUAUUUUCACCAAACUACUGUUACGAGAAACCAAUACUAAAGCUAGAGGAUGAUGGUUCACUUUGGAAGAAAAAUUAUUAAGUUUAUCUCUAUACAAAAUACCAAUUAUUGUUAUAGAAUAUUAUUAAAAAUGUUUACUUUGUCUGGGUGAAAGUCAUUUUCAAAUGUUUUGUCUAGAAUUCCAAUUAGUACUGGUUACAAUAAACCACUAAUUAAGGUUUUGCAACAAAAAAUUUGUAAACUGAAUGAGAAAUAUAAGAUCUGUGUACUUUUAUUCAAUGAAAUGAAUCUCGUACCACAUUUACAGUAUGAUGAUAAUAUAAAAUUCAUAAGUGGCUUUGAAGAUAAUGACAUUUCUAGGACACAACAAUUUGCAAACCAUGCCCUAGUCUUCAUGAUCAGAGGAGUAAUAAAAAAAUACAAGCAGUUAAUAUCUUUUACAUUUUGUAAAAGCAUCACUAGUCGUCAUGAUUUGUCAAAUCAAAUUAAAAAAGUACAGGCUAUUCAUUCAACUGCUCAUAAAGUAAUUGCCACCAUAUAUGACCAAAGAGCAACUAACACUGCUGCAAUUAACCUCCUCAGAGCAGAAACCAAAGUUAAAUGUUUGAAGAAAAAUAUUGAUUAUAAUGAUUUAUUUUAUGAAGUUGAUUGUGGUACAGAAGUCAUUAAAAAAUUAGUUCAUUUAAAUGAUCCACCGCAACUUUUAAAGGAAAUACAAAUAAUUUGUCGAAUAAAAAGAUCUUUUAUUGAAAAUAAUAAUAAACAUGAAGCUAGCUGGAAACAUAUUUUAGACCUCUUUAAACUAGACAGCAAUAUAGAUGACGUUAAAUUAUUACCAAGGUUAACUGUAAAACAUGUAAUACCGGACAAAAAUAAAAAAAAAAUGUAA